UCACUUUCACUUCACCUUUUGCACAGCACAGAACCAACACUCUCUCUCUCACUGUAAUUUUCUUCCGGCACCCUCAUUGUCACUCAGACUUGUGUCCCUAAUGUAAAUAUCAUUUUCCACCCUUUUCUAAAUAUCUCCUUAAACCUCAAUGCCAUUAUUAUUCACUCUUCACUUCUUCAUCCCUUCAACCUCUCCCAAUUUUCCAUUCUUUUUUCCCUUUCCAUCAAGUGAUGCAUCUUUUUCAAGCUAAUUAACCUUCUAUUACUUGCUGCCCUUUUUUUAAUUCGUCGACAUAAACACUCUUCUGCUUUUUCUCUUGUGGUUCUGUGCUACUGCUUCGAGAUUCAGGAACUGGCUGUGAGUUUUUGUAACGAGACAUGCAACUGCAAGUGACAACUACAUUUUCUUUACCAUAGGAGGAUCUCUUGAUGUAGAAGAUACCAUUUCUCAUAAUUGUUUUAAGACUACUUCAACUUGGGGGUGUCAUUGACAUAAAUGCAAACAAUUUUGAAUUCGAAGGCAGUUAUUGAUUACUUAAACCCCUGAAAGACAUGCAGUCAGCCUUCUUUCUGCUGAAAUGAAGAAUUUGCAGAGCUCGGAAGAAUUACAGUCAUCAACUCAAGCUUCUCAUGAGCCCAAGAGUGAACAACCAAACAAUCACACAACCGAUGCUCCUGUUACAGACACAGGCUCAGCAUCUGCUUCAAGUAAUGACAGCAAAAAGGUUUCACGGCAGGAUAUUGAGUUUGUCCAGAAUUUAAUAGAAAGGUGCCUACAGUUAUAUAUGAAUAAAGAUGAAGUGGUUAAAACACUAUUGACUCGGGCAAAGAUAGAUCCCGGAUUCACGACUCUCGUAUGGCAGAAGUUGGAAGAAGAGAAUACGGAUUUCUUCAGGGAAUACUAUAUCAGGCUAAAAUUGAAAAAGCAAAUAGUUUUAUUUAAUCAUUUACUUGAGCAUCAGUAUCAUCUGAUGAAGUGUCCCAUGCCUACAAAGGUUCCAUUGGCUCCAAUACAGAAUGGAAUCCAUCCUGUCAACAACCUACCUAUUGGAUACCCAGUGUUACAGCAGCCUCCCAUUCCAGCUACAGGUCAACCUCAUAUUGACUCCAUGGGUUGUGGUAUAUCAAGUUGUCAUGUAGUUAACGGAGUCCCUGCCCCAGGCAACUUUCAUCCCAUUCGGAUAAAUUCCGGAAACGAUAUGGUGAUGGACCAUAGUGCUCCUGACAUGGCUACUGUUAUUCCACCAAAUGGUGCAAUGUCAUCCGUCUCAGAAAUGCCAGUAAGUCCAACAUCAGUAGCAUCCAGUGGUCAUUUCCCCUUCACUGCAUCAGAGAUAUCAGGAAUGGGCGCAGAUACAUCAGCUCUUGAUACAGCAUUUACAUCUGAUGUGGCAAGUUCAGUUGGAUUACAGCUUGCACCAGAUGGUGGCAAUGGAAUUUCCAGAUCGUUGGAUCAAAUUCAAUGGAAUUUUAGCCUAUCAGAUCUAACAGCAGAUUUGCCAAACUUGGGAGAUCUAGGAGCUCUGGGAAACUAUCCUGGUUCACCAUUUUUGCCGUCAGAUUCAGAUAUUUUGCUCGAGUCUCCUGAUCAACAGGACAUAGUGGACGACUUCUUUGUUAAUUCCGAGCCCCCAUGCUCUCAAUCAGAUGAGGAGAAAUCUUGAGGUGAGGCAAGUUGCAUGUGUUCACAUUAAUUGUUAGGUUAGGGAAAAUUAGCUUUAAUAAAUGUCAUCUAGCUUACAUGGCAUACAGGCUUACUGUUACCUCAGUGUAGGCAGCCUGAUUUAUAUCAUCAGGAAGAAGAUAGAAUGUCAAUUGUUCCCUGUAGUAGCAAACUAGCAAUCUUUUGCAUUCUUUUGAGAAAUCUGUUAUCAGGAUGAGUUGGGACAGUGUUUAGGAUGUAAUUGAUUUGAUGCAUUUGGAUAUAUAUUAAUAUUGUUUGGAUCCUUGUCAGUCCAGAGGUUGGUGUGAUAUCUAUUUCAGAGUUUCAAGGCAAUAUUUUAUUUCCUUGACACUCCAAUGGUGCCAAAUUACAUGUUAUAGCAUCAUAAUAAGAUUACAAGUUCAUAUAAAUACCAGCAUGGUUUAUCUA